ACGUCCCCAGGGCCAUCUUGGUGGACCUGGAGCCCGGCACCAUGGACUCGGUGCGCUCAGGACCCUUCGGGCAGAUCUUCCGGCCGGACAACUUUGUUUUUGGCCAGAGCGGCGCCGGCAACAACUGGGCCAAGGGCCACUACACAGAGGGGGCUGAGCUGGUGGACUCGGUGCUGGACGUGGUGAGGAAGGAGGCCGAGAGCUGCGACUGCCUGCAGGGCUUUCAGCUCACCCACUCGCUGGGGGGCGGCACCGGCUCUGGGAUGGGCACCCUCCUGAUCUCCAAAAUCCGCGAGGAGUACCCGGACCGCAUCAUGAACACCUUCAGCGUGGUCCCGUCCCCCAAGGUGUCGGACACAGUGGUGGAACCUUACAACGCCACUCUGUCCGUGCACCAGUUGGUGGAGAACACGGACGAGACCUACUGCAUCGACAACGAGGCCCUGUACGACAUCUGCUUCCGUACCCUCAAGCUCACCACCCCAACCUACGGCGACCUCAACCACUUGGUGUCGGCCACCAUGAGCGGAGUCACCACCUGCCUGCGUUUCCCCGGGCAGCUCAAUGCCGACCUGCGCAAGCUGGCGGUCAACAUGGUCCCCUUCCCUCGUCUCCACUUCUUCAUGCCGGGUUUCGCCCCCUUGACGUCGCGCGGUAGCCAGCAGUACCGCGCCCUCACCGUCCCCGAGCUCACCCAGCAGGUUUUCGACGCCAAAAACAUGAUGGCCGCCUGCGACCCCCGCCACGGCCGUUACCUGACGGUGGCCGCCGUCUUCCGCGGCCGCAUGUCCAUGAAGGAGGUGGACGAGCAGAUGUUGAACGUCCAGAACAAGAACAGCUCCUAUUUCGUCGAGUGGAUCCCCAACAACGUCAAGACGGCCGUCUGCGACAUCCCACCCCGCGGCCUAAAGAUGGCCGUCACCUUCAUCGGCAACAGCACGGCCAUCCAGGAGCUCUUCAAGAGGAUCUCGGAGCAGUUCACCGCCAUGUUUCGGCGCAAGGCUUUCCUCCACUGGUACACGGGUGAGGGGAUGGACGAGAUGGAGUUCACCGAGGCCGAGAGCAACAUGAACGACCUGGUGUCUGAGUACCAGCAGUACCAGGACGCCACUGCCGAGGAAGAGGAGGAUUUUGGUGAGGAGGCCGAAGAAGAGGCCUGAGGAGAAGCGGGAGAGAGCCCCCACCGUCGUCCUUUGCCGCCGCCGUCGUCCUCGGAGAGCCCCCCCCGCUCGUCAUCGUUGUCCUCAGAGUCCUUGUCCUUCCUC